CCAUAUUGCGCAGCUGAGCGUGAGAAUUAUCGUUUGUUUAUUACUGUCUCUCACCGUGACUUUAUUCGCAUUUUUGUUAAUAACAUCUUUUACUCUUCUCACUGUUUGUCAUUGUUAUUGCUCAAAUGCUCAACUCUUCGCGUCUUCUGUCUUUUUAAAUUGUUUCAAAUAUCCGUUAGUCUGUGUCCAACGCGUUAGCCGCUAAAAAGUGUCACGCCAGAAAACUAGAAUUUGGACAAAUACAGAGAAAUUGAUCAACAGGAGACAAACCAGGGGACAGUGUGAAUGGACCCUGUACAGACAACAGUGUGUUAAUGCUGAACUCUUGCUGAUAGGUUGCUUAAACACGUUUGAAAAGACACACGGUUGCCUCUCAGAGCGCACGAUGUCCAUUACAAACACACCGACCAGUAACGAUGCCUGUUUGAGCAUCGUCCACAGUCUGAUGUGUCACAGACAGGGCGGCGAGAGCGAGACGUUCGCUAAACGGGCCAUCGAGAGUCUGGUUAAGAAACUGAAGGAGAAGAAAGACGAGUUGGAUUCUCUCAUCACGGCCAUCACCACUAACGGCGCUCAUCCCAGCAAAUGUGUCACCAUACAGCGCACACUAGACGGACGACUGCAGGUGGCUGGGCGUAAAGGGUUUCCUCAUGUCAUUUACGCACGGUUAUGGCGAUGGCCAGACCUUCAUAAGAACGAGUUGAAGCAUGUCAAGUACUGCCAGUUUGCCUUUGACCUGAAAUGUGACAGCGUGUGCGUGAACCCCUACCAUUACGAGCGGGUGGUGUCUCCAGGAAUAGACUUAUCUGGACUUACACUAUCAUGCUCAGGUCCGCCAUCCCUGAUGGUAAAGGACGAGUAUGAUUAUGAUGGUCAGCAGUCUCUGCCGAGCACUGAGGGUCACAUUCAGACGAUUCAACACCCUCCGUCCAGACCGGUGACCCAAGAGCCCUUCAACACACCAGCGAUGCUGCCACCAGCAGAGGGCAACACAUCAGCCUCCACGUCUGCCUUCUCCAGUAUCGCUGUGGGAUCCACAACUCAGUCCAGUAGUGUUCUCUCAGGAACUCAUAGCACUGAGGGCCUUCUUCAGAUAUCUUCAGGCACAGCUCAGGGCUCACAGCAGAAUGGUUUCCCCCCAGGCCAGACCUCCACAUACCAUCACAAUGCCACCUCCACCUGGACGAGGAACAGUAACUUCACCCCUAGUGUGCCUUAUCAUCAGAACGGGCAUCUUCAGCAUCAUCCACCCAUGGCCCAUCCAGCACACUACUGGCCUGUUCACAAUGAAAUAGCAUUUCAGCCACCGAUAUCCAACCACCCUGUUCCUGAGUACUGGUGCUCCAUCGCUUAUUUUGAGAUGGACGUUCAGGUGGGCGAGACCUUUAAGGUUCCCUCCUCCUGUCCAAUCGUCACUGUGGACGGGUAUGUGGACCCCUCUGGAGGAGAUCGGUUCUGCCUCGGUCAGCUGAGUAAUGUCCACAGAACGGAGGCCAUUGAGAGGGCACGGCUCCACAUCGGGAAAGGCGUCCAGCUGGAGUGUAAGGGUGAGGGAGACGUGUGGGUUCGUUGUCUUAGCGAUCAUGCUGUCUUUGUCCAGAGCUACUAUUUGGACCGGGAGGCCGGUCGUGCUCCUGGCGAUGCUGUACACAAGAUUUACCCCAGUGCAUACAUCAAGGUGUUUGAUUUGCGUCAGUGUCACAGACAGAUGCAACAGCAGGCGGCUACAGCACAGGCAGCGGCUGCAGCGCAGGCAGCAGCAGUCGCAGGAAACAUCCCCGGCCCGGGAUCUGUGGGAGGAAUCGCACCUGCAAUCAGUUUGUCUGCGGCCGCUGGUAUCGGCGUGGACGACCUCCGCCGCCUCUGCAUCUUGCGUAUGAGUUUCGUCAAGGGCUGGGGUCCAGAUUACCCACGGCAGAGCAUUAAAGAGACGCCCUGCUGGAUUGAGAUUCACCUGCACCGUGCACUGCAGCUACUGGACGAGGUUCUGCACACCAUGCCCAUUGCCGACCCGACACCAUUAGACUGAGACUGAUAUUUUAAACCCCCUGACACAGACACUGGACCGAGUGACCAUUCCAACGGCAUCCAGACAACCCAAUACCACUGAACUGUGUGAAUAAAUGCAGAGACGAGCACAAGCUGACCUUUUACUGUGUGAAAGGUGUCUGUGUAACCCAAGAUAUAUUCAGCAUAUGGAGAUGGAUGGACAGUUCCUGCAUUAUUGCUGGUUCUCAUUGAAAAAAUAUUUUGUAUUUGUUCUUAUAACAUUUAACAUCUUUUAAACCCCCAGUAAAACUGAGUGAUGUGUUGCAUUGGCUACUGCAAGCAUAAAAUCAUUUUCUUAAUAUUUUGUCUUGUAUUUCAGUAAAAAUAUCAAAAUCCUUUAUAAAAAAAUAAAAAUAAAAAGAAAACUUUUUUUU